AUGGCAAAAAAAUACACAGGUCCUGCCAUUGGAAUUGACCUUGGAACAACCUAUUCAUGUGUAGCAGUUUGGCAGAGCCAAAACAACCGUGCAGAGAUUAUUCACAAUGAACAAGGAAACAGAACCACUCCUUCUUUUGUUGCUUUUACUGAUGAUCAGAGAUUGAUCGGUGAUGCUGCAAAGAAUCAGGCUGCUUCUAACCCAGCUAACACUAUCUUUGAUGCAAAGAGGUUGAUUGGAAGAAAAUAUAGUGAUUCUGUUAUUCAGAAUGAUAUAAAGUUGUGGCCAUUUAAGGUUGUUGCUGGUACCGAUGACAAACCGCAGAUCCUUGUUAAGUAUAAGGGUGAGGAAAAGCGAUUUUGUGCUGAGGAAAUCUCAUCUAUGGUACUCACAAGGAUGCGUGAGAUUGCAGAAAAAUAUUUGGCAUCACCUGUCACGAAUGCGGUUGUUACCGUGCCUGCUUAUUUCAAUGAUUCUCAACGAAAAGCCACCAAAGAUGCUGGUCUCAUUGCUGGUCUCGAUGUAAUGCGGAUAAUUAAUGAACCUACUGCUGCUGCUCUUGCGUAUGGACUUCAAAAGAGAGCUGAUUGUGUUGAUGAGAGAAAUAUUUUUAUAUUUGAUCUUGGUGGUGGAACUUUUGAUGUUUCUCUUCUUACAAUUAAGAAUAAUGUGUUUGAUGUCAAGGCCACUGCCGGAGACACUCACCUUGGAGGAGAAGAUUUUGAUAAUAGAAUGGUGAACAACUUUGUUAUGGAGUUCAAGACAAAGCAUCAAAAGGACAUGAGUAGGAAUCCGAGGGCACUUAGAAGGUUAAGAACUGCAUGCGAGAGGGCAAAACGGACAUUGUCAUUUGAUACUGAAGCCACAAUUGAGGUAGAUGCAAUUUAUGAGGGUAUUGAUUUCCAUUCAUCAAUCACAAGGGCCAAAUUUGAGCAACUAAAUGUGGACCUCUUUAAAAAGUGUUUGGAGACUGUUGAAAGUUGUCUCAGUGAUGCUAAGAUCGAUAAGAGUAGUGUCGAUGAUGUUGUCCUCGUUGGCGGUUCUUCUAGGAUUCCAAAAGUGCAACGGCUAUUGCAAGAAUUUUUCAAGUCAAAGGACCUUUUUGCCAGCAUCAAUCCCGAUGAGGCUGUUGCUUAUGGUGCAGCCGUUCAAGCAGCUUUGCUUUGUGAAGGCAUUGGGAAGUCAAAAAGCUUGGUUUUGAGAGAUGUCACGCCAUUGUCUCUAGGUACGUCAAUAAGGGGAAAUGUUUUGAGUGUGGUGAUUCCUAGAAAUACUUCCAUUCCAGCCAAAGAAACAAACGUCUAUGUUACAACUGAAGAUAACCUAUCCACUAUGUCGUUUAAGGUUUAUGAGGGUGAGAGACUGAAAGCCAGUGAAAACAACGUGUUAGGUUCAUUUAAGAUGUCAAUUCCUCCUGCUCCUCGUGGUCAGAUUCCCGUCGUAGUAACUUUUUCUAUAGAUCUUGAUGGUAUUUUAAACGUCUCUGCGAAAGAAGAAACUGGUGGGAAUAAGAAAGAAAUUACAAUAACAAAUGAAAAGGGAAGGCUAUCAGCUGAUGAUGUUCAGAGAAUGAUACAAGAAGCUGAGUUCUUUAUGGCCGAAGACAUUAAGCAUAUGAAUAAGGUUAAAGCAAUUAAUGCUUUGGAUGAUUAUCUUUACAAUAUGAGGAAAGUCAUGAAGGAUGACAGUGUUACUUCCAUGCUUACCCCAAUAGACAAAAUGAAGAUCAAUUCUGCCAUGAUAAAGGGAAAGAGUUUGAUUGAAGGAAAACAGAAUCAAGAUGCAUUUGUAUUUGAGGACUUUCUGAAAGAGCUUGAGAUCACAUUUGAAACUACUUUGAACAAGGUCAACAAAAGCUACUUUGAUGAGGAUAGUGAUUCUGAUUAA